AUGAAGGCUGGUGGCUUGAGCUGGUGGAUCAGAUGUUUUGUUUGUUUCCAGGAGCCUCCACGGAAAAAUUCAGCUGCAAAUCCACAAACUGAGAUGGUCCCUGUUGUUUAUUUGGUCACCCAAUCAAUUCAUUGCUCGAACGUUCCACGAAAUGUGAACUUGGAAAAACUACGGAGCGGAUACCUUUUUCCUGAGAUAUCCAGGCAUGAGACUGAACACUUGCAGAAGAACCCGGAUGCAAGAUUGAUAAGGCUAGGAAUUGGUGAUACAACACAGCCUAUACCUGACACCAUAACACAAGCAAUGGCCGAGCAUGUGCGUGGCCUAUCGACGAUUCAAGGUUAUAGAGGAUAUGGAGCCGAACAAGGAAACAUGGAACUAAGGAAGGCGAUUGCAGGAAAAUUUUACCAGGAUAUGGGUAUAAAAGCUAAUGAGAUUUUUGUAUCGGACGGUGCACAGUGCGACAUUUCUCGCCUUCAGCUGCUUCUAGGACCCAAUGUUACAGUGGCUGUACAAGACCCAUCCUUCCCUGCUUAUAUUGAUUCAAGUGUCAUUGUUGGUCAAGCUGGUGAGUUAGAAGAGAAAACAGGCAAGUAUAGGAACAUUAUCUAUAUGAACUGUGGGCCUGAGAAUAAUUUCUUCCCCGAUGUAUCAACAAUUCCAAGGACAGAUGUCAUUUUCUUUUGUUCACCAAACAAUCCCACGGGCCAUGCUGCAUCUCGGGAACAACUAAAGCAACUCGUAGAGUUUGCAAAGGCCAAUGGGUUGAUCAUAGUUUAUGACUCUGCAUAUGCUACUUAUAUCAGAGACGGAAGCCCCAGGUCGAUCUUUGAAAUUCCUGGUGCCCAAGAGGUUGCCAUUGAAGUUUCAUCCUUCUCCAAAUUUGCUGGUUUCACAGGCGUGAGACUUGGGUGGACAGUGGUCCCUGAAGACCUCAGAUACUCUAACGGCUUCCCUGUUAUAAAGGAUUUCAACCGCAUUGUUUGCACUUGUUUUAAUGGCGCUUCAAAUAUUGCCCAGGCUGGAGGCCUUGCAUGCCUUUCAACCGAUGGCUACCAGGCACUACGUAAUGUCAUUGAUUAUUACAUGGAGAAUGCCAAAAUUCUGGUUGAUGGAUUUGAAUCACUUGGUUUGAAAGUUUAUGGUGGGAAGAAUGCACCAUAUAUGUGGGUACACUUUCCAGGAUUGAGUUCGUGGAAUGUAUUCAGUGAAAUCCUCAAGAAAACAAACAUUGUGACUGUUCCAGGCAGGGGAUUUGGUCCUGCAGGCGAAGAGUAUAUCAGGAUCAGUGCCUUUGGUCCAAGACAACAAAUUUUAGAGGCGUCCAGGCGGCUCAAAUUUUAUCUAUAGAUGGAAUUUCAUUUCCUUGGCCGAGAAGCAAUAAAUAAAUAAAA